GAUCCCUUCUUCCUCUCCGGUCAACAAUUCAUUCCUCCUCGUUUUCCUUACGCAUUCAGCCCCGUAGCUAGAAGCUUUCUCAAUUCUCAAUCCCCUCCCUCUUCAACCAAAGAUGGCUGAAUCCAACUCUAACCCCAAGUCCUCCUUCGAUUCCGUUAGAGAAUGGGUCUCUGAACAUAAGCUUCGCACCGUUGGGUGUUUGUGGCUGAGCGGUAUUACGGGAUCUAUUGCGUACAAUUGGUCUAAGCCCAACAUGAAAACCAGUGUCAGAAUCAUCCACGCUAGGUUGCAUGCACAGGCUCUUACCCUUGCUGCUUUAGCUGGAGCAGCUGUGGUGGAGUACUAUGACCACAAGACGGAGAAAACUGACAGAUAUGCCAAGUUUCUGGGCCUAGAUAAAUGAACAUACAGUUUUUCUGAUGUGUAGCGCCUUUCUUAACCAGGCAGGUGGCUCAUAUAUUACCCAGUUCUGAACUCUUAGUAGCCUAAUCCUUUUGUAGCUUUUGAGUUGAAUCAGUUCAUGAUCUCAUUUCUUUAAAAGCAUUUAAUCCUUGUAUUUUUUAUUUUUUAUUUUUGCAUAUUACUGGUAGUACAAGAUAGUAGCAAGAGUUUGUGAUGUGAACAAAUUGAAAUAAAGCAUUUCUCUCUUCAAAUCAUCCUUGUAGAUUUCAUAAAGUGAUAAUACAGCCAGUUUCAACCUCUUUCAUUUAGGGGUUGUUUGGUGACUA